AUUCUCGCCUGAACACCUCCCUUCCUUCACACUUCUCUUCUCUUCCCCCUACCCAAGAUGAUAUUCCUUUUCCUCUCCUUUCUCUUCUUCUCAUUCCCUUUCCCCUCUCAUUCCCUCAACCAGGAAGGCCUCUACCUUCUCCAAGUCAAGAACUCAUUCUCUGGCUCCAACGAUGCCCUCUCCUCCUGGAACCCCCGUGACCCAACUCCAUGCCACUGGUUCGGCGUCACUUGUGACCCCACCACCCAUUCUGUCACUUCCCUUGAUCUCCCCAGCAGCAACCUCGCCGGCCCUUUCCCUUCCCUUCUCUGCCGCCUCCCUUCCCUCUGCUUCAUUUCCUUCUUAAACAACUCCAUCAACGACUCCAUCCCCACCGACAUUUCCGCCUGCCAAACUCUUACCCGCCUGGACCUUUCACAGAACCUUCUUACCGGUGAUCUCACGGCGAGUCUAGCGGACCUGCCUAACCUUAAAUACCUCGACUUGACGGGUAAUAAUUUCUCGGGAGACAUUCCCGAAUCUUUCGGGCGGUUUCAGAAACUGGAGGUUAUCUCUCUGGUUUAUAACCUUCUAGAUGGCACUAUCCCCGGGUUUUUAGGGAACAUUAGUACGCUGAAGAUGCUGAAUUUGUCGUACAAUCCGUUUAGUAAGGGUCGGAUCCCGCCGGAGCUGGGCAAUUUGAGGAACCUGGAGAUUUUGUGGCUCACUCAAUGCAAUUUAGUCGGCGAGAUUCCUGACUCGUUGGGUCGACUCAAGAAGGUGACUGAUUUGGACUUGGCGGUCAACAAUCUGGUGGGUCCCAUUCCGAGUUCACUCACCGAGUUAACGAGUGUAGUGCAGAUUGAGCUCUUCAACAACUCGCUCACCGGCGAGUUGCCUCGGGGAUUCUCCAAUUUGACCAACUUGAGACUUCUCGACGCGUCAAUGAAUCGAUUGACUGGGAAUAUCCCAGAUGAGUUGACUCGGCUUCCACUCGAAAGUCUCAAUCUUUACAACAAUCGUUUUGAAGGAACGGUGCCCCCCAGCAUUGCCGACUCACCGAAUUUGUACGAACUCAGGCUGUUUGGAAACCAACUUAGUGGUGAGUUGCCUGUUAAUCUCGGGAAAAACUCGCCGCUGAAAUGGCUCGACGUGUCGAGCAACCAAUUCACUGGUGAGAUACCGGCGAGUUUAUGCGAGAAGGGCGAGCUGGAGGAGCUUCUGAUGAUAAAAAACGAGUUUUCUGGUCAAAUUCCAGCAAGUUUGAGCGAGUGCCGGAGCUUGACCCGGGUCCGAUUGGGUUUCAACAAGUUGUCCGGUGAGGUGCCCGCUGGUUUUUGGGGUCUUCCCCAUGUUUACUUGCUUGAGCUUGUAGAUAACUCGUUUUCAGGUCCAAUUGCAAAGACAAUUGCAAAUGCUGGAAAUCUUUCUCUAUUGAUUAUUUCAAGAAAUGAGUUUAAUGGCUCAAUACCAGAAGAGAUUGGUUUUCUACAGAAUCUGAUUCAGUUUUCCGGUGGUGAAAAUAGUUUUAGUGGGUUAUUGCCUGAGAGCAUAGUGAAUCUUACUGAUUUAGGUAUUCUUGAUCUCCAUCGUAACCAGUUAUCGGGGGAGUUGCCUAGUGGAACCGAAUCCUGGAAGAAGUUGAACGAGUUGAAUUUAGCCAGCAAUUCAUUUUCCGGGAAGAUACCGGAUGGAAUUGGAAGCUUGUCUGUGUUGAACUAUCUGGAUUUGUCAAAUAACCAGUUAUCGGGGGAGAUCCCUACAGAGUUGCAGAAACUGAAGCUCAAUCAGCUCAAUUUGUCCAAUAACAGGUUAUCAGGUGAGCUCCCUCCAUUGUUCAAUAAAGAAAUGUACAAGAACAGCUUUCUCGGAAAUCCUGGUUUAUGUGGAGACUUCACUGGUUCUUGUAAUGGUAGAAAUAAGGACAGUAAUCGAGGUUUUGUCUGGUUGCUUCGAUCCAUUUUUGUGUUGGCAGCAGUUGUUCUUGUUGUUGGUGUUGUUUGGUUUUACCUGAAGCAUCGGAGUUUCAAGAAAGGAAGAGCUAUGGAUAAGCCUAAGUGGACACUAAUGUCAUUCCAUAAGUUAGGAUUUAGUGAAAAAGAAAUACUGGAUUCCCUUGAUGAGGAUAAUGUGAUUGGUACUGGAUCGUCUGGGAAAGUGUACAAGGUUGUGCUUAGUAAUGGGGAAGCUGUGGCGGUGAAGAAGCUUUGGGGAGGACUGAAAAAGGGGUAUGAGAGUGAAGAUCUUGAGAAGGGUCAAGCUCAAACCCAUGAUGACGGGUUUCAAGCAGAGGUAGAGACUUUAGGGAAGAUUAGGCACAAAAACAUUGUUAAGUUAUGGUGCUGCUGCACGACUAGGGAUUCUAAGCUUUUGGUGUAUGAGUACAUGCCAAAUGGUAGCUUGGGUGAUUUGCUGCAUGGUAGCAAAGGAGGGUUGUUGGAGUGGCCAACAAGGUACAAAAUUCUUGUGGAUGCGGCUGAAGGAAUCUCAUAUUUGCAUCAUGAUUGUGUGCCCCCAAUUGUACAUAGAGAUGUUAAGUCCAACAAUAUACUGUUGGACGGAGAUUUUGGUGCGCGGGUGGCUGAUUUUGGAGUUGCGAAGGUGGUUGAUGCAACUGGAAAGGGUCCCAAAUCUAUGUCUGUGAUUGCAGGGUCUUGUGGUUACAUUGCUCCAGAGUAUGCUUACACACUACGAGUGAACGAGAAGAGUGACAUAUACAGUUUUGGAGUGGUUAUACUUGAACUAGUCACGGGGAGACUUCCAGUUGAUCCAGAGUUUGGGGAGAAGGACCUGGUGAAGUGGGUCUGUACCACUCUAGAUCAGAAAGGAAUGGACCACAUUCUGGAUCCCAAGCUCGAUUCCUGUUUCAAAGAAGAAAUAUGCAAGGUCCUCAACAUUGGACUCCUAUGCACUAGCCCCCUUCCUAUCAACCGCCCAUCCAUGAGAAGGGUGGUCAAGAUGCUGCAAGAAGUAGGAGCUGAGAAUCAGCAAAAGUCCACCAAAAAAGAUGGCAAGUUAACCCCUUACUACUAUGAAGAUGCCUCAGAUCAAGGAAGUGUAGCUUGAGAAACUUUUCCUCUAGGAGUUGUUUGGAAAAAAAAAAAAAAAAGGGAGGAAGAUAGAGAUCCCCCCAUGAUUAAUUAAGCCCCAUACUUCUCUUAACCUUUUCUUUCAAUCAUUAUCCCCACCCCUUGUUUCCUUUACAGGGUGGGAAGAGAAAGUAGGAAGAAAAAAAUUUUCAGAGAGGAAUGGAGUUUAGCAAGGAGUGAAGUGAACGUACAGUGUAAAGCUAUCAAAAAUUAAGGUUUAUCACUUCCACUGAAUAUUGGUACCGUGCAAGAAAUUCUAGCAUUUAUUAGACGACCCAGUAAAUUUUUAAUUUGAUCAACUAGGGCCUUACAUUCUGCCUCGAGGAAACAUGGGAAGACCCAUUAAAGGGAAUUGAAUUUGCUGAAUUUAUUCUUGGAUAGCUCCCUGGUGUGAAAUUUUCAGAGUCAAUGGAGGUAUACACUGUUAGGUGAGGGUGGUCCUCCAUGGGACCCUAACCAUUUAUGCGAAGGCCUUGCUGUUUCUAAUUGCUCUUCAUUGUGAUUAUCUAUGCGUCUUUUUGGAAGAGGGCCAGAGCCGAACCACUGCUCUUGUCCCUUUUUGUUAGUUACUUGUCUUGUUUCAAUUUAAUGUGUGUAAAGUUGUUAGUCAUAUUUGCUGGUUGUCUUAAAAAGAGACAAUGCUCUGGUUUUAGCAGUACAGAAAAGUAGGAUGAUGGAGUCUGCCACUCUAAUUAUUGAUGGAGGAGCAAUUUUUAUUAUAUUAGAAAUCCAUCCCUCUAUCAAAUAUUAAGAAAAUUGUAAUUCAUAU